CGACGCAGCGGAACGUCAUGUCCCGCGUCCACAACGUCCUCGCGCUCUUCGCGCUUCUCGCCCUCGCAGGCGCCGCCAACGCCGCCACCACCCCCGAGGGCGUCGCGUACCUCCAGGCUAACAAGCUCAAGGAUGGCGUGAUCGAGCUCCCGUCCGGGCUCCAGUACCGCGUGCUCGUGGAGGGCCCCGCGGGGGGACCGAGCCCGGGCCCCUCCACCCGCUGCGCCUGCCACUACCGCGGCACCACGAUCGACGGGAAGGAGUUCGACUCGUCCUACAAGCGCGGCCAGCCCACCGAGUUCGCGCCCAACCAGGUCAUCGCCGGCUGGACCGAGGCGAUGCAACUCAUGAAGGAGGGCGACAAGUGGGAGCUGGUCAUCCCGAGCGAGAUCGCGUACGGAGACAGGCAGAUGGGCCCGGACAUCACCCCCGGGGCCGUCCUCGUGUUCACCCUCGAGAUCGUCAAGGUUGGCGUCUAAACGAAAUCGUCGCGCACGGACGAGACGAAGCGAGGGGCAUCCUACAAGCGGGGGGGAAGACCCGGGCGCGCGUCCCGAUUUCUCGAUCGUCAUUGAUAUUCACACCACCGAUUGAUAUU